CUCUGAGCCACAGAAGCAAAUGGAGCUCCUGGGAGCAGCCACUGUUGUCCUCCUGGUUUGCAUCGCUUGCCUGCUCUCCUUCGCAGCAUGGAAAGGAAAGUCUGGAAAGGGAAAGAUGCCUCCAGGACCGGCUCCCCUUCCCAUCCUAGGUAACGUGCUGCAGGUGAAACCAAAGAACUUGGCCAAAACCUUCCAGAAGCUGAGUGAAGAGUAUGGACCAGUGUUCACAGUGCACCUAGGCUCUGACCCAGUGGUGGUGCUGCACGGAUACAAUGUGGUGAAGGAAGCCUUGGUUGAUCGCGCAGAUGAGUUUGCGGCCAGAGGACACAUGGCAAUAGGAGACAGGGUUAACAAUGGAUUAGGGAUUGUUUUUAGCAACAACGAGGAGUGGUUACAAGUCCGGCGGUUUGCUCUCACCACUUUGCGCAACUUUGGAAUGGGGAAGAGGAGCAUCGAAGAGAGGAUUCAGGAGGAAUCUGAGUACUUGCUGGAAGAGAUCAACAAAACAAAGGGAACACCUUUUGACCCGACCUUCACUUUGAGCUGUGCUGUCUCCAAUGUCAUAUGCUCCAUUGUCUUUGGAAAACGAUAUGACUAUAAAGACAAGAAGUUCCUGGCCCUGAUGAACAACUUGAACACUAUCUUUGAAAUGAUGAACUCCCGCUGGGGACAGCUUUACCAGAUGUUCUCAAAUAUCUUGGAUUACUUGCCUGGCCCACACAACUAUAUGUUCAGGGAAUUCGAUGCUCUAAAAGCCUUUGUGUCAGAGGAGGUGAAGAUACACGAAGCCUCCCUAGAACCCAGCUCCCCUCAGGAUUUCAUUGACUGCUUCCUCAGCAAAAUGCAGGAGGAGAAAGAGAACCCAAAUUCCAGUUUCCACAUGAAGAACCUGAUUACCACCAGCUUUGACUUGUUCACUGCUGGAACAGAGACAACUAGUACCACCCUAAGAUACGGACUUCUGCUUCUUCUCAAAUACCCAAAGAUACAAGAGAAAGUUCAAGAGGAGAUCGACCAGGUGGUAGGACGAUCACGAAAACCUUGUGUGGCUGACCGGACACGGAUGCCCUAUACAGAUGCUGUGGUCCAUGAAAUCCAGCGCUUCAUAUCCCUCAUCCCCCUGAGUCUCCCCCACACUGUGACCAAAGAUACUCCCUUCAGAGAGUAUGUCAUUCCCAAGGGCACCACAAUCUAUCCCAUCCUCAGUUCUGUCCUCCAUGACAGUAAAGAGUUUCCAAACCCAAAUGAGUUCGACCCUGGACAUUUCUUGAACAAGAGCGGCACCUUUAGGAAGAGUGAUUUCUUCAUGCCCUUCUCAGCAGGGAAGCGAAUAUGCCCUGGAGAGGGCCUGGCACGCAUGGAAAUAUUCUUAUUCACAGUUACCAUAUUGCAGAACUUUACCUUGAAGGCUGUCGUCGACCCCCAGGAACUCAGCAUAGCCCCAACGCUGAGUGGGACAGGCAACGUACCUCCUGUCUACAAGCUCUGUGCUAUACCUCGCUGAAAAGCACAAAACCUAUCUCCAUGGUGUCCUGAGCCUGGUUAUUCCUUUACACCUCCCUUACUAAAGCCGAUGGCAGGAGCAUUGGCCCACCUUUCCAAGGCUUCCAGGAAGGCAACCCAAACACAAGUACAUGCACAAAAUAGACACCUUCAAAGCCUCCUAGAACUGCUCCACCACCUGGCAGGGAGGCCUUGGGUGACACUGCAGCCUGUUGCACUGACACUCUGUCCAUGGGCUCACUGAGCACAGCAGCUGCAUCAAACAGUCGAUUUUCUCACAAACACAGCUCCCAUUGCUGCCCAUGACCUGCUUCUCCCAUAGUAUGUGUCCCACCAAGAGCAGCAUGCAUCGCAGAUGGGUAAUGCUGUGUGUAUGUUAAUGACCCAAUAAAGAAAAAUCCAUUUAUGAGGA